CUCGGAAACGUGGCCAUGUUCGUUUUGCGGCCAUUUCGUUGCGGCUCUUUCAGCCUGGCCACCAACAAUUGGCAGUAGCCAAGCCAAAUGACAACCGCCAACUGCCAACAAAGUUUGUGUAUCGUUUCGUGCCCCGUGCUGCGAUCCGAGUGCUGUUUUUGUGUGCAGGCCAAGUGCCAACCAAAUUCCGAAUACGUCGAAAUCAAAUAACACAAUUCGAAGUUAAACAAAUAUUAAAACAAUCAACUUGACAAAGCCUAUAAACAAUUCACGCCCCAAAAAAGGGGAAAUCUCGCAGUGUUUUUGGAAUUUUCCGAAUUGUUGAAAUUGCGCAAAGGGCUAAAACGAAUUCAAAUUCAUUCAUUCGCUGACAAGUGACUAAAACAAUAAAUAAAACAAAAGAGCUGGCAAAUUCUACGCUAAAAUUACAACAAAAUGGCGCGCUCUCUGCUUCUGCAACAACAACAAAAGCAACAGCAAAAACUGUUAAAACCGAAACAACAACAAUCAGCAGACCAUCUACAAGAGUUGUAAUAACAAACGCUGCAUAGAGAAAGAGAAAGAGGGGGAGAGAGAGAGAGAGCGAACGGGAGAACAGCGACAAAAACAAUUGAAACGAUUGGCAACACUUUUACGAGUUGCCAUCUACUUUUUACAACGAAUUUUCAUUAUAGCACAAGGCAACAUUAGCUGAGUUCCAUUAGCGAUCACUGUCCUAGUAUGCGAUGGCAGCAGCGACAGCGACGCUGGAGGAGGAUCGUGCCCGGCCCCGCGAUAUAGCUAGCGAUAAUAGCGCCCAGCAGCGCACGCUGGCCACGAAGGUGCGUCGAAAAGGACGCGACAGGCGACCACUGCGGCGACUGCAUCCGCCCAUACCGCUUGGUCAGCUGCUCUGGCUGCUGUGUUGCCUCAGCCAGCUGCGCGCCGAGUGCCCGUCAGUGUGCGAGUGCAAGUGGAAGAGCGGCAAGGAGUCCGUCUUGUGCCUUAACGCCAACCUCACACAUAUCCCCGAGCCGCUCGACGCAGGCACCCAGCUGCUGGACUUAAGUGGCAACGAUAUUCAGACUAUACCCGAUGACAGCUUCGCCUCGGCCCAGCUGCUCAAUCUGCAAAAAGUUUACCUGGCCAGGUGUAGGCUGCGGCUCAUUGAGCGUCACGCGUUCCGCAAGCUCAUCAACCUAGUGGAAUUGGACUUGAGCCACAAUCAGCUGUCGGCGAUUCCCUCGCUGGCCCUUUAUCAUGUCCCAGAGCUGCGCGAGAUACGACUCACGGGCAAUCCCAUAUCGCGUGUGCCGGACGACGCCUUUGGACAUGUGCCGCAGCUGGUGCGCCUGGAGCUCAGCGAUUGCCGCCUCUCAAGCGUGGCGGUGCGCGCCUUUGCCGGCCUCGAGAGCAGUCUGGAGUGGCUCAAGCUGGACGGAAACCGCCUGAGCGAGGUCAGAUCGGGCACAAUUACCUCGCUAGCCUCGCUACACGGCCUCGAGCUGGCUCGCAAUGCCUGGAACUGCAGCUGUUCACUGCGACCGCUGCGGGCGUGGAUGCUCCAGCAAAAUAUACCCAGUGGCAUACCGCCCACGUGUGAGUCCCCAGCGCGUUUAGCUGGCCGCGCCUGGGACAAGCUGGAUGUGGAUGACUUUGCGUGUGUGCCACAAAUCGUUGCCACAGACACAACCGCCCAUGGCGUGGAGGGACGCAACGUGACGAUGAGCUGCUACGUGGAGGGCGUGCCCCAGCCGGCAGUGCGCUGGCUGCUCAAGAACCGAUUGAUUGCCAAUCUGAGUGCGGCUGGCGCGGGCGAGGAUGCCGAGGAGCCGCGCACAGCAGCCGCUACGCAGGGUCGCAAAACGUAUGUGGUUAACAUGCUGAGGAAUGCCUCCAAUCUGACGAUACUCACCGCGGACAUGCAGGAUGCGGGCAUCUACACCUGCGCCGCAGAAAACAAGGCCGGCAAGGUGGAGGCCAGCGUAACGCUAGCCGUGUCCCGCCGUCCCCCGGAGGCGCCUCUCGGCGUGCGUAUUGUGCUGCUGGGCGUGCUUGCAGCGCUGCUUUUUGUGGUGGGCUCCUCGUUUGCGGCCAUAUGCUUCUGCUCGCUGCGAAGGCGCCGCAAGCUGCGAUUGUGGAAUUCGGUGCCGCCAGUGCGGCGCAGCGAGAGCUACGAGAAGAUUGAGAUGACAGCCAGGGUGCGACCGGAUUUGGGUGGCGGCGCCAGCUGUGGCGGUGGCAGCGGCACUGGCGCGGGUCUCUUUCAGGAUGCCGAGGAACAGAGCUAUCUGCGGGCUGCGCACACACCACUUAACGACCACGAUGCGGGGCAGGCGGCCAUUGUGAAUCCGAGCGCUGGCAAUGGUACGCGACGCAACGGCGACUACCUGCAUGUGUCCACGCACUGCGACGACGACGAAGAGGACACCCAGCAGCCACAGCAGGCACAGCCAUCGCAGCCAUCGCAUCAGUCGCAGCCAAGAAAGGGCUCCAUGGCGAGCAAUGGUAUUUCCGCAUCCGCAGCGAAUAAUUCUGUUGCGGCCACCGAGGAAACGGAUCUGCACAUACCGCGUCUGAUUGACAUCGGCGGCACUGACUCAGCUUCUAGUUCGAUAUCUAGUAAGGUGGAUGCCGCUGCUCGACUUGCUGGCUAUGCAGGACACGCUGCAAGCUGGAAGACAACGCCAAUAGCAACCACAAAGAUCACGUCGCCGCAGAGCAAAUCGACGGCGACAACUCAGGCCACAAACACGCCCUGCUCGGCCACGCCCUAUAGCCACUAUGGCAAUCACACGACGGACGAGAUGGCCACCUCCGUGUUCUGCAGCAGCAAUGGCGACGGCCAGGAGAGUGAUCUGUUCGACAGCAACUAUCCAGAUCUACUGGACAUUGCCAAGUACGCAGUGGCACAGGCGGCGCAAUCGGGCCACGCCUAUGCGCCAGCUGGGUCGGCCCCAGCCAACGGCGGCCUCUGCACCCUGCCCCGGAAGCUGAAGCAUAGUGGCAAGUAUUUCCGCAACUCUUCGGACAGCCAGUCGCCACUGCUGGCGGACAACUCAAGCAAGUAUGGCAGCAGCACGCUGGGAGACGGCAGCUUUCUGAACGAGGCCAUGGGCCUGGGCAGGCGCUACUCGGCCGAGUCUAGCUAUGCGAACUACGCCAGCACCGCAACCUACACGGGUGGUGGCCAGCGUGCCAAUAGCUUCUUGAACCUGGUGCACAGCGGUGGCCACAAAGGUGCCAUGCAUGGGCACCAUUUGGGCCAGAAGCCCAGCCUCCCUUCGUCGCCUGUGCAACACCAACGCUCACUAAGCAGCGCGGCGACGCCGCUGCUUGAUUUCUCGGCGCUGGCGACGCGUGCUGCAGGCGCGGCUAACUCGUCGGUGGCUGCUUACGACUAUCAUGCGGCGCAGCUGGAGCGUUUCUUAGAGGAGUAUCGCAAUCUGCAGGAUCAGCUGUGCAAAAUGAAGGAGACCUGCGACACAAUACGCAAGAAGGAGACGCCACUUCGCGGCGCCAUUGGGCAGUCGGCUGCCCAGCUGGCCGACCCUGUGAUGUACAGUGCGGCGACUGCCUCGCACAGUCCGAAGCCGCCAACAACGACGCUGAAGGCGAAAACAUUGCUGCCCGGCCAACCUCCCGAUCCCCCGCCCUAUUGGCUGCACCGCAACGCCAUGCUGAAGCGCUUGAAUCCAGAUGCCAAUGGCACGGGCAAUGGGCCCUCAAGCGCCUCCUCGCCACAGCCCGGUCAGGAUAUCUUCAAGAGCUAAUCGAACUUGUGUACAGCCAAGGAAUAAACCAGAAACCAGAAAAACCUUCGGUGCACCGAAGCCUACAUACACUUGCAGAGGUACCCUCAAACUUUCACUAUUUGUUUUUAUUUAUGUGAUUUUGGGCUUGUUUUAAAGAACUUGCCUUAGAAAAUUUUAAGGAUGUCUGCUGAGUUGUUUUUCGAAAGUUAAGUUUUCGAAGGGUUUCCCCUAUUGAAAGCAAAAUUUGAGGUUUUUUUUGGGGAAGAGAGAUUCAAACGUUUUUUAAUUUGAUAUACAUAUGUGAUGCAAUGAUUUUUGAAAAAAUAUCAAUAUUAUUCACUAUUUAUCUGUUAUCAUUUUAUUCGGAUAAGCUUUUGUUUUCCAAAUGUUUAGGAUUUUUUAUAGUUCUGCAAGGUAAUGUCUCUCAAUAUGAAAUUUCUCUUAAUUAGGCUUAGGUAGAUGGGGCUCUUAACUGGUUAUAACGCCAGCCCCUCUAUUGUAUUAUAGAACACACACACUUUUCCACUCUUUCUACUCGGUACGCAUAUUCAACAGUCAUAUCGUAAGUGUAUAGACAAAAGCCCCUAUUUGAAAAUCCUAACCUGAUUGAUAAUUCCAAGACCCAAAGCUCUCGUGUUAGUCAAACUAAAAGUGUUUUUGUACUUUAAGCGAUCUCAUAAAAAAAAAAAA